AUGGAGUCGGAGUCUGAAGACGACGAGGGGGAAGAGAAGGCUCUCAGUGAGCUUAUAGGAGAAGAAGCAUUGAGAAUCAACGAUGUUGCUGCUUUCCUUGCAGAACGUCGUAAGAACUUCCCCACGAAAGCUCGUACCGAAGCCAGAAAGGCUGCCGCGCAAGCGCAAAGGAACGAGGACAAAGCUGCCUCGCUCGAAAGGGAAGCAGAUAAAUUGCGUAAGCAACUGCGCAAAGUGGAAUUCUCUAUCAAGCGAAAGCGAGAGCAAGGCGACGAGGGCGACGAGAUGCGUGGCGCCUCUGAAAAUUCGUCCGACGAUGAACCCCCCGAAGCCCUUUCGACCAAGGCGUCGUCUACAGCUAUCCCCAGUCGACCACUUCCCACUACUGGUGGAAAGAAGGCAGAUGUUACUAGACACUGCAAAUACUAUUCUACGGGUGGAACUUGCGGUAAGAAGGGCAAGUGCCGCUUCGUACAUGAUCCCGAAAUCCGCGAGGCUGCUAUCAAAGAACAAGAGGCCAAUAAUGGCCGCUUGACUAUUCAGCAGCGUCUGGUCCUCAAUGACAAGGAGCAAGAAGAUUUGGCGGUUCUGCGGUCUAUCCAGUAUCUCCGCCAAAAGGGCAUCAUGUCCGAGGCCGUCGCCGCGAGUGCGGUAGCCCUAAACGGCAAAGAAAGCAACGACAGCAAGGGCACGAAAGUCAGCAAGACCAACACUGUCGAUAAAGACCCAGGCCCACCACUUGUCGUUUCUUCUACGUCUCCUUAUCAACUGCCACCACCACCGGCAUCGCUACCACAACCCCCUGCCAAGGCAGAUCCAGGUGCGACUACGACAACAAGCCAGCGAAAUGGCAAAGUGGAGGGCGAAAAAGGGGGCGCAGAAACUACGAAGCACUAUGAGGGAUGGCUCCUUCAGCCCUAUGGCUCAAGCGGCAAAGAAAACAACGGUGCGCCGUGA